AGGCCAGUUCCUACGUAAACAUAAUGUGAGGACCUUUUUUCGUCGGAGACUUUUAGUGGCGUCAUGUCCAAGGAGAAUACGGGUCUAUGUGAAGACAACCCAAUCUCCCCAAAAUACGCCGAGGAAAAACAUGAUACAGUCUCCACGCCCAAAGAAAAGAAAGGAAAAGCGUUUUUCAGCGACGAUGUACUGGGAGAGAAAAAGAGAAGUUGUCCGUACUACUUCGGAGUGAAGUCCUACCUCCAUAACUUCUACGACUCGGCGACAUACAAGGAUCCGAGCAUUUAUGAGGAAGAUGAUGACAACCGUUAUCUUCUUAAUCCGCAUGCGCGACGCCGACGGUGUCGUCCGGUAUGGUUGAAAGUUUGCAUUUGGAUUGGCGUUAAUCUUCUGGUGUUAGGGGUACUUGCAAUUUUGGCGGGAUAUUUCAUUCCGACUAAACCCAUUAUCAGUAAAGGAGAAAAAGAGGAUAAUGUUGGUUAUGUGGAUGAAGAUGCCGUGAAAUUUAAUACUACCUUGGAUUUGCUUAAGCUUGUAGGUCUGGUCUUGUUCUGUGUUGGGGGAAUCCUUCUAGCCGUGGCUCUGAUGUUCCCUACUUUUAUGUCAAAUAUGUGUUCCGAUGAGAUCGGCGAGGAAGCAAUCAGAAUUCAGAUGGGAGAAGAAAAACCUCCAUUAAGUCCGAUCGAGAUGACCAUUCCUGCUACCUCUAAAGUAAAAAGUGUUCAGCCGCCUGGCAGUUCUAAACAGAAAAUCCACUUUAAAGAAGAUUCUGUGAAUUUUAGGGAUUGAUAAAUAAGUGUGCCCCUUGAAUUCCCAUUGAUUGUCAAAAUUAUAUCAGAAGGGAGCAGUAAGUGAUAUACAAAGACACAUUAUAUAUAAAAGCACAAGUUACUGUCUCAAGAAAUACAAUGCAACCUUACUCAAUGAAUUAAACAUUGUAGUAAGAAAUAAGAUA